AUGGAUGGUGGCAGUGGUCUGAAUAUUCUUUACGCUGAAACUCUGAAGGGGAUGGGCAUUCCGAUGUCCAAACUCAGUGAGAGCAACAUGAGCUUUCACGGCGUCAUCCUUGGAAAGAAGGCUAAAUCACUCGGCCAGAUAACUCUUGACGUGUUGAAGAUGCCUGGUCCCAGAGGUGUGAUCACAGUUACUGGUAAUUGGCAGAAAGCAGAGGAGUGCCUUCAGAAGGGCUCAAAAAUUGCUGAUGAACAUAUGGCAGCAGUUGAAAUGCAGGAAUAUCAGAAGAAUGCUGAUCCGAGUGCAUUGCUGCGGGCUAAGAAGCCUGCUUCGGAGUCCGCAUUUUAG